UCCUCCGCGCCGCCCGGCCCGCUGCGCGCUCUGCUCAUCCAGCUUUGCGGACCGCAGCAGCCAUGGCCGACAUUAAGACCGGCAUCUUCGCCAAGAACGUGCAGAAGCGGCUCAACCGCGCGCAGGAAAAGGUCCUCCAGAAGCUGGGAAAAGCUGAUGAAACAAAAGAUGAACAGUUUGAAGAAUAUGUUCAGAACUUCAAACGGCAAGAGGCAGAGGGUACCAGACUUCAGCGAGAACUCCGAGGAUAUUUAGCAGCAAUCAAAGGCAUGCAGGAGGCCUCAAUGAAGCUCACCGAGUCACUUCAUGAAGUCUAUGAGCCCGAUUGGUAUGGACGGGAAGAUGUGAAGAUGGUUGGUGAGAAAUGUGAUGUGCUGUGGGAAGACUUCCAUCAAAAGCUAGUAGACGGGUCCUUGCUGACGCUGGACACCUACUUGGGCCAGUUUCCUGACAUAAAGAAUCGCAUCGCUAAGCGCAGCAGGAAGCUCGUGGACUAUGACAGUGCUCGCCAUCACUUGGAGGCUCUGCAGAGUUCCAAAAGGAAGGAUGAGAGUCGGAUCUCCAAGGCAGAAGAAGAGUUCCAGAAAGCUCAGAAAGUGUUUGAAGAGUUCAACGUUGACUUACAAGAAGAAUUACCAUCAUUGUGGUCAAGAAGAAUUGGCUUUUAUGUCAAUACUUUCAAAAAUGUCUCCAGCCUUGAGGCCAAGUUUCACAAGGAAAUUGCAAUGCUUUGCCACAAGCUCUAUGAAGUGAUGACAAAACUCGGCGAUCAGCAUGCUGACAAGGCCUUCAGUAUUCAAGGAGCUCCCAGUGAUUCAGGUCCUCUUCGCAUUGCAAAGACACCAUCACCCCCAGAGGAGCCUUCGCCUCUGCCCAGCCCAACAGCCAGUCCCAACCACACACUAGCACCUGCUUCUCCUGCCCCAGUGCGACCCAGGUCACCUUCACAGACAAGAAAAGGGCCUCCUGUUCCACCUCUGCCUAAAGUGACCCCAACGAAAGAACUGAAGCAGGAGAACAUCAUCAACUUCUUUGAGGACAACUUUGUUCCAGAAAUCAAUGUGACGACACCUUCGCAGAAUGAAGUCCUAGAGGUAAAGAAGGAGGAGACUUUGCUGGAUCUGGACUUUGACCCUUUCAAGCCUGAUGUGACUCCUGCAGGUUCUGCUACAGCAGCCCACUCCCCCAUGUCUCAGACGUUGCCCUGGGACUUAUGGACGACAACCACUGAUUUGGUACAACCGGCUUCUGGAGGUUCAUUUAAUGGCUUUACCCAGCCCCAGGAAACUUCAUUAUUCACCAUGCAGGCAGAUCAGAAUAUGGUAGGUGGCUUGGCUGAAACUGAACAGGCACUAUCCAUUGAGCCCCAAGCCGAGGAGCCUCCUACCACCGCUGCUGCACCUGCUGCCGGGCUGGACCUUGGACUGGAGAUGGAGGAGCCAAAGGAGGAGGCAGUGAUUCCUCUGGGAACUGAUGCCGACGAGACUGUGGGAACUAUAUUGCCCACCGAUGGGGUCCCAGUGGAGGAAGCCGAGGCAGAGAAGGCAGCACUCCCUGCUGCAGAAGGAGAAAGUCUUGAUGGAACCAAAGUCGAUGCUGAGAGCACUGAGGUUACAAGCAGCGAGAGCCCUCCACCAGCAGAGACUGAAGUGGCUGCUCCCCAGGAGAAGGUCAUCCCUUCUGUUGUCAUUGAGCCAGCCUCCAACCAUGAAGGGGAAGGGGAACACCAUGAAACCACUGUGGGUGCCACCGAGGAUGUGGCUCUUCAGGGCCAGGCUGGUGAGACGCAGGAACUGGUUACAGAGGCCACACCUCUGGAUUCUCAGGCAGCUACGGCUGCACCAGGAGGUGCUGGGGAUUCCUCCGUUUCUGCAGAGGAUGCUGCUCAGGACACACCUCCUGGCUUUCUCUACAAGGUGGAAACUCUGCAUGAUUUUGAGGCAGCUAAUUCUGAUGAACUUAACCUGCAGAGGGGUGAUGUGGUGCUCGUGGUCCCCUCAGACUCAGAAGCUGACCAGGAUGCAGGCUGGUUGGUGGGGGUGAAGGAGUCAGACUGGCUUCAAUACAGAGACCUGGCCACUUACAAAGGCCUCUUUCCAGAAAACUUCACCCGGCGUCUGGAGUAGGGCUGCAGAUAUUUCAAGAGUCACAUGACUAGGUUGUUAAACCUUCAUGAAAUGCGGAGGAGUUCACUCUUGCUACUACCCUCAUAGUGAUUGACAGACUGGUGCCAGAUGAGGCUUGGGAAGACAGAUCAAUAGAGCAUGUGUGCAAAAACCUUAAGAAGAGGGGAAAAUAGCAAACUAAGGAGCAAGUCCUUACUUUGUUCCCUGUGUUCAAUAGAGGUCUGUGUGUGCUUCAUCCAACUGUGGACACUGGAAACUUGAUUCCCCUCCUCCAAGUCUAAAGUAGCUUUUUCCAGACCGGACUCCGACUUCUUUGCAUCAAGUGUGUGAUGUCGAGUGGCUGCCCUGCAGAUGUAAUGAGUUAUCCUGUAGUGAGACACCAUCGUACUCCCUUGCCCAGUGUGAGCACAGGCUCUCUUUCCCUUUCAAGUUUACUGCGUUUAAAUCUCAACAGCUGCAAACGUUCCUCGCCAUCUUUUCCGAUCACCUCUAUGUACAUACGUAUGGACAGACAGCCCCACAAGCUAAUUCCCAUGCCUGCUGGACCUAUGUGUAUGCAGAUGCCUACAUAUGCAUAGCCGAUUCCUUCCCCUCUCACUGUAGCUCUUCGCCUGUAAGUGUCAUUGAUACACGCAUUGCUCUUAUUCCGUCUGGCAUUACAGCUGCAGUUUUGCCUCAGGGCAAAACCACUCAUCCCAUUGCCAAAACAGUUGACAGUGUCUGUGUGUGUUGUGUGCCGUUUUCCGGGUGAUAUGCCAGAUAGCACGCCCAUGCUGCUGCCCCUUUGGAGAGAGCAGGGUGUGGUUGUGUAGCUGCUCAGCUGCUGGGGCCCUAUAAGAAUCAGAUCUGGGCCAGCAACGACGCAGUCUUCACUUCUGCCUUUAUGCAAUUGGAUGGAUGAGGGGGCAAAAGAACCUAUUUACAAAAGCUCCUAUAUAACUUCCACGUUAUCUUUAUGCAACUCAUCUUCACAGAGCAUUCUCGAGUGAAAGAGGUGAUAUAUGCUGUGUCACACACCAUCUGUAACCGUUUUGUUUCUCAGUGCUGUGUCGUUCCAAAUAAACCUUUGGCAAUCUCCAAGUUACACUGAUUCUUUUUCAUGAGUGUUUUUUUUUCCCCUUUUUGAAAUCUUGUUCCAGUUGGACAUGCUACUUGAAACAGUUUAGACUGGAGUUGUUAUUUGUGCAGACGUGCGCUUGUUCCACCUCUGGGUUGUGCUCCAUAGCCCUGCCUUACUUUGCCAUCUCUCCAUCGCAGUCAUUGCUGGUCACUCGGUGCAUCCUGGGACCCGGCAAUUACUAGCGCGCAAAUAACAGCUGUGGGGAGGCCGCCCUUGUGUUGCCGUGGACACUCGGUCUGUGACUCACUGACAACCGUAUGGCUCAUAAUCAGCCUCACAACAGCUUCAUUUUUGUUCACUUUUCUUUCUGGCAUUUUUAUGUGUGUAAGUACAUAAAAAAAGUAGAUCAAAUGGAAUAGAAAAGUCAAUUCAUGGAGCCAUUGUAGCUGGAAGAGAAUUCAUCAUACAAGCAUGUUCCAUUUUGAGAAAUUUCUACUAAUAGAGCUCUGUAUACGUGCACACUGAUCAAGAAUAUGCAUGAAUGUAUUUCUUUUUUGUGCUUCCAAUUCUCCUGAUAGAUUACUGGGUUUUAUAUUCUUUUAAGUGUUAACAGGGAAAUUUCUAUUGACCCAUUGUUUUUCCAAGAGUUGACUUACAGGGAGACUUAGUCAUUUUGAAUGCUAGACUAGUGCAAGAAAAUAAAAAGGAAAAUGCCAUUGCCCAGCAGCUUGCCAGGGAAUUAAUCAAGCAAAGUGCAGCAAGGUGAGCCCUAUAAAGGAAAUCACCCCAGCAUGAGAGAAUCCGGGGUGCUGAAAAGUGACUGAGCAAACAGGGGCUUGAUUUCUUUGCUUUAGUUUUUUUUUUUUGGUUUUUUGAGACAGGGUUUCUCUGUGGUUUUGGAGCCUGUCCUGGAACUAGCUCUUGUAGACCAGGCUGGUCUCGAACUCACAGAGAUCCGCCUGCCUCUGCCUCCCAAGUGCUGGGAUUAAAGGCGUGCGCCACCACCGCCCGGCCCCUUUGCUUUAGUUUUGUUAUUGUUUGUUGUGCUUGAUAUUAAACUCUGACCCUUGCAAAUGCUAGGCAAUUUAUCUGCAUCUCCAGUCUUCCAAAUGGUUUUAAUAAUAACAUGUACCUAAACUAAGCAAAGCUAGUUGUCACAUCCUUUGGAGGAGCAGUUACUCUGAAAUUCCACUGUGGUCCUCCCCUAGUGGCUGACAAGGAACAAAACAUGCCAGGACGUGGCUGAGAUAAAUUUUGCCCUAAACUUCCUGGAUGAAUGUACCUAGGUGACCCUACUAAGUUUAUCCAAAACAAUGUGCUUUAAAUUGUUUAAUCCUUAUUUAAAUAAUUUUUUGUUUUUGAAAUAUUAAAUACAAGUAAUCAGAUUGCUCCAGAAACUGCAAGAUCCAAGAUUUCCUAACAUCCUGAGAAGGGAUGAGAGGGAAAUAGCGCACUAGUCCCAUGCUACAGAACCCACUCUUCCAUGCAGUGGACACUGUUUCUAGUGGGCUUGCUAAUGGGGUGGGAAUGGCUUCAGAAGCAUCCAUGCCUACCACUGCGAUGAACCCGUCCCAUGUACUUCAUUUGGUUGUAUAUCGGUGAGUUUGUAUGUAUAUCUUAUCCCACAUGGCGUGGAUCCAAGAAGCUGUGUCUGAGCCACUUAAUCUUUGAUCCCCUCAUUCAAAACCAAUGUCAUACAGAUUUUCAAAUCUUUAAGAAUCGAAGAAAGCCUGUGGUUAUCAAGAAGUGGACCCUGGCCUGGCCCAUGCUAGAACUUCACCACUAAAUUGUGUGGUAUGGAUAGCUACAGCAUCCUUUGCUGUUUGAAACAUUCAAUGACAUCUCAGGGUGGACUGUUUCCCUGAACAGGAAAAGCUCCCUACUCUAUGCUGCUGUAACACCAUCAAGACUCUUUUUGUCAAUGCUAGGGAAGCUUUCAAGUCAACAAGAAAACCAUGAUGAUGGCCUCUAUUGGGUAGACUGUGAAGACUCAUUGCUCUGAAUGCUCUUUGAAAAUACAUAGAAGCUGUGGAUUGGGUCAUUAGUAAAAUCUCAUAAUUCCACAUCUGAUUGUGAUGGCUCCUUAAAGAAAAUACCUUGGGUAAACUCCAAAUCUAUAAGAAAUGAAUUUUAUGACGAUUAAGACUCAGCCCCCUAUUCUACACAGACUACAUGACUGAGCACCUUGAAGCUUUAGAGAAACAGCAAACAUCAGAGUGACCAUCCCUAGGACUUUACUAGUGUUUUUUGAGAAGAUCAACUAAAUUCUGCCUUCUGAUUUACUUAGAGCUGAGAGAAAAUCCUUAUAAACACUGUGGGCCAGACCUUGAUGGAAGGCACAUCAGGCUGGGUCUCCUGUGGUCUGUCGUAGUGUAUCUUCCCAAAAUGUUACCUCUUAUUGGUCCUCAAGUAAAUAGACAAUUCACAGCUUCAUGAAAAAGACAAUGACAGUCUUUUGACAAAGACAGCUGAGAGCCAUGAAGUUCCAUUCAGCAUGGAGAUGCUCUUUUUCCAGACUCAGCCUUGAUUUGAGAUUUUCUUAACCUACAACAUUAGGCUGAGAUCGAUCAGGCUGAGAGCAACUCUCUGUAUCCUAGCACACAGCACGGGACUGAGCAAGCUCAAAAGCCCCAAACAUUCAAAUGCACAUGAAAAUAAGUAGUCUAACCCAAACAUUUUCAGCCAUUGGUUAUACUUUACAAGAUCACUUAAUGACUUUUACGGUUUAAAAGAUAAUUGUGACACAACUCUUCAAUCUAUGCAAACAGAAAGACCCAAAAGCUUUUUUCAAAGGAAAUGUAAACUUUGUAUUAGUUUUCUAGAAUAUGAAUCGCCCGCAGACCCAUAUAAUCUCAGGUCAAACACUCAGGUGUCGAUGCUUGAAGAUCAAGUGGAGCUGUGAGCUUGUUUUUGCCUCCCUGCAGCACCUGUGGGUGUGUCUGUAUUUAGCUCUUGAGAAAUCUAUCCUUGUCCGUCAUGAAGUUAUAUAAGUUCAGCUGAGUGUGGGAGCACCUUGUCCGUAUUGACUUUGUCAUAAUGAUGGCACCCUUGUACUCUCUCCCCAUCAAU